AUGCCCACCACAAGACGCACCAACCCCGGCGCAGCCACCAGCAGCACAGGUGCCAGCCGGAAGCGAACAACCCCGUAUGCCAAAUUCAUGCACGAAACCUUGCCCAAGUUCAAGGAACAGCAUCCAGGCACACUCCACAAGGAUGCGUUUCGGACCGUCGCAGAUGGGAAGUAA